AUGGCCCUUCUUCAGACCAAUAAGGAUCUCAUUUCCACAGGAAUCAAGGAAUUUGGUGUUCUGCUGAAUCAGCAGGUCAUGCCCGAUAGUCCAAUCUCUGAAGAAGACAUGGCGACUGUGGUGGAUGACUGGGUGAACAUGUACACCAACUAUUACAAGCAGAAGGUGACUGGAGAACAGGAAGAGAAAGACAGGGCUCUGCAGGAACUUCGUCAAGAGCUGACUGCUAUGGCCAACCCUUUCCUGGCCAAAUACAGGCUUUUCCUGAAGUCCCUGUAA